AUGCCGCUGUUCAAGUCUAGCUCGGCUGCCAGCUCCGCACAAGCUGUACCACCAGCUCGUCCUCCAUCCCCCCUCUCAUCGGCCAAUUUCUUAUCCAGGUCUUCGCGUCCGUCUACAGCUGCGGCCGGUGCGCGCCGCGUCUCCGGCUCUCGCGGUACACCUUCCAUCUCUUCCGGAUCCUCCAUCACCGGUAUCGCUCCCUCUGCGCCCGUGCAGCAACCCAGCGCUCCUCCAUCUACCUCCUCAUCCUCCCGCUCGCUCUCGUCCCGUCUUCUCCGGCGGCGUCCCUCCGAAAAGACUUCUCUCUCGCGCACACCCCGCCUUCCAUCCCUCAGCGCCGCGGCUGACGAGAGCGAUGGGCCCAGCGAGCCCUUGACGGGCAGUACAAUGGGCGGAGACGUGUUUGCCACCCAGCAGGAUGAUGAUGAUUGGGCGGGAGGACCUAUCAUGCCACCUUCUCAACGCCGCGGGAGCCACGCGGAGAUCAUGGCCCGGUUGAGCUCGGGAUCGGAUGGCGAGGGAGGAUCGUCCCGCCGGGGCAGUGCAGAUGAGAAUCCCUACAUUCGGAGACCGACGUAUGGGCUGCUUGGUCCCGGCUAUCGUCCAAAGGAGCCAUCGCAGCCACACUCGGGAGUCACGGCACUACUACCGCCACCUCGGCCGGGUGCAAAGCGAUCAAACAGCGCGGAGAAGGCUCUGGAGGUGGAGGUGGAGCCGAGGGAUAUCUGGGGACGAAGGGUAUCGGAACCCGUUCAGCCUGCGUGGGAUAUGGAGUUUCCAAAGGGUCAUCCAUUUGCCAAGAGCUGUACUCCUCGGGCGGUAUCGGUGGGCGUAAAGACGUUGGAUGAGCGGGAGAAGGCGUUGAAGCAGAGCAUGGAUGGUGGGAAGAAUAGGUUUGGCGACGCCCCACCAUUGCCGUCGUAUCCCAGCUUAGACGGCGUCCCUAUCUCCACCGCACCCAAGCGCGCACUGCCGAAAUCCCCGCGUCAAAUCGCCAAAUCCCGAGCGCCCGACCUGGCCGUGACUCCACCACCCCGCUCCUCGUCGCGCCUCACCAAUGCCUCUACUCGGCUAGACGGGUCGACUACCUCUCUCGCGUCUUCCCUCUCUUACACUACCUCUUCCCCCACGAUCGAUCAUGAGGUCAGACGGCAGCCGUCCUUCGUUGCCACGGGCAGACAGUGGUCAUCCCAAAAGGUACCGACCGCUCGGGUCCGCUCCAACUCCUUCUCUAGCUCAGGCGCUACUUCACCUCACCACGAUAUCCCCAUCCCUUCCUACAUCCCCGACAUGUCUGCUCCGCCUAUCGCCCCCCUCCGGUACUCGCUAGUAUCCCGCUCACCCCGCCCAGCAGCGUCGGCACCUCACCUCCAACGCUCGGCGGUGCUUUCGCCCAGUCGGCCACCUCGGUCAGUGAGGCGUACUACGGAUAGCUCGGUGGGGUCUACGGAUGACGCGAGUGUUGAGUCAGACGAGGAGGGAUCAGUGGGCGUAGUCGCCGAUCGCGGGAUUUAUGACGUCUCUGUGCAAAGUGUGCCAGGGAUGGGUCCCGAUGGGGAGAUCAAGUGGGAAGUCACUAUUCGGCCGGGAAGUAAUGCUGGGCGCGCCAUGCCGGUACCCCUCAUUCCGGGCGUCACUGCCACUACAACUACCCCCGCAGGAACGACGUCGGUCAACCUCUCUCUGGCGACCAGCCAGACCACGGGACUACUCAGCUUCACCGUGGCCCCGUCUCCCCCGGACGUCCACGCAACGCCCACUCGCCGUCGGCCUGCAACAAACGCCCACACUGCGCCCACGUCGGACCAUGUGCAGACCCACAAGGAGGAAAGCACGGAGCCAUUCGCGCCCCACGCGCGAGGCAAUACCUUUGGCUUGGCUGGUGGGCGCAAGCUAGCUACGGGACUAUACAUCAAUGAGGCUGAGGGCUCGCCCCGACCUCCUUCGGCGGACGUGACCAACAAUCUCGACCGGCGGAAUACGGUUACUCCCCCUCCGCGCAUGUCUACUCCCCCACCGAUGCCGUCGGUCCCAUACGCCAACACUACCCCUGUCUCCUCCAGCAAGCGCAGCUCGCGUUCGACCAGUCAAGGGGAGCAACGGUGGGCUCUCUCACCUGCCCUAUCUACACCUAUCGCUGGGAGCGGAACGCGGACACCGCCGCAGAUGGGCAGGACGCCCCGGGAGCUCACGUACGUCUCGAGCCCGUCGCCUAGGGGUACACCACGCCGGACGCGGAUAGUCAGUGCGAGCUCGCUCAAUGGAGGUCUGUUUGCGCAUGGGACGGUGGAUGGCAUGAGUGAGGAGGCGGAGGGGUAG